AUGAAGGAAGCAAUCAUUCGCGCUGGACCCAAGGUCGAGAUCGUUGACUCGCCCGUCCCUAAGGCCGAGAAGGGUCAGGUUGUCAUUAAGGUUGUCUACUCUGGUAGCAACCCUAAGGACUGGAAGUACCCCGACAUGACCAAGAAGGGCGAGAUGAACCAGGGCGAUGAUAUUUGUGGUACCGUCCACGAGGUCGGUGACGGUGUGUCCGAGUUCAAGAAGGGUGACCGCGUGUUUGCAUUCCAUCAGAUGCUCGCACCUGGUGGUUCUUACGCCGAGUACGCUGUUGCCUGGGCUCACACCACCGCCUACCUGCCCGACCAUGUCUCGUUCCGGGAGGGAGCUGCUCUGCCUCUUGCAUCCUUGACCUCUGCCCUUGGUCUCUACGAUCGCCUAAGACUGCCCCAGCCUUGGACUCCCCGCAAGGACGAUGAGAAGCCCAUUCCUCUCGUCAUCUAUGGAGCCUCAUCUUCGAUCGGUUACUACGCCACCCAGUUCGCUGUCCGUUCGAACAUCCACCCCAUCAUCGGAGUUGCUGGCCGCGCCAGAUCGCACGUCGAGAAGCUCCUUGAUCCUAGCAAGGGCGACACCAUUGUCGACUACCGUGACGGUGAUGAGGCCGUGCAAAAGGGUAUCAAGGACGCUCUCAAGGGAGCCGAGCUUUACCACUGCUUCGAUGGUGUCUCAGAGAAAGGCUCGUACACAAACGUCGCAAAGGUCAUGCCAGACGGUGGUCACAUCACUCUCGUCCUUCCCGGAAGAGACUUCUCCGACUGCCCCGGGCACGUCAAGCAGUCCAUCACCAUGGUCGGCGACGUUCACAAUGAGCACAAGGACUUUGGCUCAGUCUUCUUCCGCUACAUCGCCAAGGGUGUCGAUGAGGGUUGGUUCAAGGCUCAGCCUCAGCAGGAGAUCGCUGGCGGUCUCAACGGUGUCGAGGAGGGUCUUGCCAACUUGAAAUCUGGUAAGGCUAGUGCCAUCAAGUACGUCUUCAAGGUUGCCGACACUCCUGGUGCUGGUCAGUCGUAA